GUUGAAAGGCCAUGCGUGAAGCUGGACGCCUGAUCCCUGCCAGAUUCCACCGGGCAGCUCGUCCCCUUCUCCCCCCGGGAAGAUGCCAGCUGUGAUCCGGGAUAAAGAGGACUCUGAAUCCUCUUCGGAUGAAGAGGAGCAUGAUGACCAGCCUUGCGUCGCGUGGUGUGGCCUGAGCAAGACCAUCCCAGUUCUCUUGUUUGUCCCUGAAGCUGUAGUUUCAAAAGAUGGAACUAUCUGCUCUGUCGGAGAGCGGUACAACUUGGCCUUCAAGAUCGUGCGCACCGAGAGCCGUCUGGUGCGUGGACUCCUCGCCAACCAUGGAUUCCGUGAGGUUCACCAGAACUGCAAUGAGUUUAACCUCAUGUGGACAGGGUCUCACCUCAAGCCUUACCUACUCCGCAGCCUUCAAGACUUCCAGAAGGUCAACCACUUUCCCAGGUCAUACGAAUUGACGCGAAAAGACCGUCUCUAUAAAAACAUCCAGCGGAUGCAGCAGACCCACGGCUUCAAGAACUUCCACAUCGUUCCUCAGACCUUUGUGCUUCCCUCAGAGUACCAGGAGUUCUGCAAUUGUUUUGCCAAGGACAAGGGCCCAUGGAUUAUUAAACCAGUAGCCUCUUCAAGAGGGCGAGGCAUCUACCUGGUCAGCAAUCCAAAUCAAAUCUCCAUGGAUGAAAACAUCUUGGUGUCUCGCUAUAUUAACAACACGCUGCUGAUAGAUGAGUUCAAGUUUGACGUUCGGUUAUACGUGUUGGUGACAUCAUACGAUCCACUCAUCAUCUAUGUGUAUGAGGAAGGCCUGGCGAGGUUUGCCACAGUGAAGUAUGACCGGACUUCAAAGAACAUUAAGAACACGUUCAUGCAUCUCACUAACUACAGUGUGAACAAAAAGAGCAGCGAUUAUGUCAGUUGCGAUGACCCUGAAGUUGAGGAUUAUGGGAACAAGUGGAGUAUGAGUGCAGUGUUGAGGUAUUUGAGGCAGGAGGGGAAGGACACCACAUUGCUGAUGAAACAGGUGGAGGACCUCAUCAUCAAAGCUGUUGUGAGUGCUGAGCUACACAUAGCCAACGCCUGCAAGAUGUUUGUUCCCCACAAGUUCAACUGCUUCGAGCUGUAUGGUUUUGAUGUGCUCAUUGACUCCAACCUCAAGCCCUGGUUGUUAGAGGUGAACCUCUCUCCCUCCCUGGCCUGUGAUGCGCCCUUGGAUCUGAAGAUAAAGGCCAGCAUGGUUGCAGACAUGUUUUCGCUUGUGGGCUUUGCGUGUCAGGACCCACUGACGAAACAGCCACACUCUGACCGAGUCGCCCUGGACCCCAGCCUCAAACACCCAGCAGCCCCCAGAGCGCAGCGACAGAAGCCGGCGUCAGCUAGUGCCUCUGAAACAGAGGGGGCAGAAGAGAAGCAAGCAGCUAAACAGGGUCAAGGAGAAAGCACUUUGAGCUUAACUGCUGAGGAGAUGAAAGUCCUGAGGAGGAUAAAGGAGGAGUACGAGAGACGAGGAGGUUUCAUCAGGAUCUUUCCCACCGCAGAAACCUGGGAGCUCUACAGUGGAUAUCUGGAGUCCAAGACUUCAAUGAACUAUAUGCUGGCGAACAGACUUUUCCAUGGAAGGAAUGUGAAAGGGAAUGUGCAGCUGCAGGUGGACGCCGUCCAUCGCUGUCACGCAGUCCAGUAUGAGAGGAAGUUGCUGUCUCUGGAGGCCCGUAAGAGGAGACAGCGCCACCUGACUCAUCGCUCUGCUUCGGGGAAGAAAAAAACGGGGAAGGAAUCCAAGGCCUCCCCGGCCGAGAGCAGCAGUUGGGGGGGAGAGGACUGCGCUCGGGAGCAAACAGAGGAGGUGAAGCAAGUCCUCGAGCCAGUCUCACACAAGGCUUUGGUAGCAGAGCAAAGAAAACAAAUGGCCGCACCACUGGAGCGCUGCCACAGUGAGGCUCUGUCCAGCUCGGAGGCAGCCCCACACAAUGCCAGGCCCAGAGUCAACCUGCUCAACAUCCUUCAGCAGGGGUGGGACCUCAGUAAAGUGCAGGCCAGGGUGGCCUUCUCCUCAUACCUGCAGCGAGUCCAGCUCAGACUGUUAGCAGAGAGCCGAACCAACUCCGUCCCAGCUUGGCCAGACAAGGACAGCGACCAAAUGGAGCUGGUGAUUCGCUUCCUGAGAAGAGCAGCCAGUAACCUUCAACAAGACAUUAAGGUGGUAUUGCCCAGUCGCCAGUUACCCCUCAAAGACCGCAGACGCAUCCUUUCCCACCAGUUGGGAGAGUUUAUCUACUGUUACAACAAGGAAACUGACCACAUGGUGAAAAAACAGGAGAGGAGCAAAGAGGAGCAUUGUGUUAACCCCAGUGUUUUUCACGAGUACAUCACUGCUGCAAGUGAAAACGAUCUGGAGGAAGUACUGACAUUCUACACACAGAAAAAUAAAUCAGCCAACGUCUUCCUAGGAACAAAAGUCAGGAGUGUUAAGAAAGACGUUCGUGAAAUAAAUGCCUCGGGAGAUUCUGGCAACUGUGAUAAUUCCAAAACAGCUCCUUCUGUGGCCAAAGAGGAUUCCAGUUCCUCAGAGUCCUCGCUCUCCACGGGGAAAGUCAGCAGUGACCCAGACAUCAAGGGCGCUGAGAGUCAACCUUCUGUACGGGCGCUGUCUGGAGAACAACAGGCUGCGGUUGGAGCCAGCAAAGCCCAGCCAGAUGUCCAGGCGUCUCAGCACCACUCUGGCUUUCCUGUGACUUUAGACUGCACACAUGUGCAGCUCUGCUCUCCUGCACCGGCUUCCAUCCCUCUUCACUGUCCACCACCGCCACCCCCACUCCACGGACCACAGCCGCCGUCCUACGCACAGAGCUUGGCAAAGUCUCAGUUCUGUCAUCCUGAGACUCUUUCCAACCUUCCUGCGUACAACUCUGUCCCUAUGGUCACGCAACCCCCUAGAGUGACGUGGACGGCUGUCCCCUCGGGCGCUAACACAGUCUCAACCGCGCAACCAUCCCAGGAGCUCAGGAGGAUUCAGUCCUUCGCCACAUCCACAUCCGGUUCUGGGGCAACCUCAUCCAUCCAGAGUGCCACGCACAUCUAUAGCCAGAAGCUCUCAAGACCCACGUCUGCAGGCCAAGUCAACAGGACGAGCAGCUCCAUCAAGCUUAAGUCCAACUCAGUGGGGGCCUUGAAGGAUUUAAACUCCCUCUCUGCCCAGGCCCAGUCCAACCAGCAGGCCUUCAUUUCAGCCCUGCAAAAGCUGGCGGAUAAGCAGGUUGCUCGCCACUAUGCCAGCUCCGGUCACAUCAACCUGCUCACACAACACCUGACCAAUCUGAACCUGGCCAACAGGAUGCCGAGCAAAGAGAGCUGCACUCUGAACCCUAAAGGACGGCACACUGCUGCGGCAACACAGGGCCCAGUGAGAGCCGCUCACUCGGGAAUAGAUCUACUUCGCAGGACUGGCCACAGGCUCCUGAAGGAAGAUGAGGUUCUUCGGGAAGGGCCGAUGCAGAGUGCCUACAGCCUGGUGACGGGGUUGAAACCCCAGCAGCGCUACCAACCCACCCAGGGAAGCUACCAGCUUCAGUUUGCCAUCCAGCAGCUACAACAGCAAAAACUCCAGUCUCGACAGUUCCUGGACCAGAGCCAGUACAGACAUCAGGCUCCUUUUCCAGACCAGACGGGCGCUCCACUCACCCAGACUCCCGCAAGUUCAUCCAGCUGUCUCCCAUCCAGCUUUCACGUUUGGCCAAAUCACAGCCAUGUCCACGGCCACGUCCCGACCGUUCUCGGCCCAAAGCCGCCCAGCAGUGCUCGAGAGGGACAGAUCAGGAAAACGGCAACAAAACGCCUCAUCAAGCAGACGUCCUCGGAGAGUUUUGCCAGCGGAACCGUGACCAGCGGCCAGCACAUGGUCUACGAAGCCAUCUGCGGUAAAACAGGUCUGUCUGCGUACCGCAAGCUGCUCCAGGGCGAGGAGCCAAGUCGCAGAUGACACGAAAGCGACCAGGGGCACGUCCUGCCGCUCUGCCGGCCUGACAGGUGCCUCUGCAUGUAACUACAUCCUCGCCAGAGGUGUAUUCUGGGAGAGGACAACAGCAACAGAUGAAAGCAUGCCAGACAUCUAACAGGGUCCUAUUAAUUUCUCGGUGAUACAGCCACAGAAAUGCGAGCGGGCAGGCUGCCAGACCAGGACUUCCCAGCUUUGACGCAGGUUGGAUUGUUAUUGCGCAGCAUAACAUCAGAUGGCCUUUUCCACCCCCGCCCCCUCCUAUCGCCCCCAUUGGCUGCAUUUAGUCGAUAUCCCAACAGUUGACCGCCCUCAUUCCCUCCAUGCUACUGAGGCCUCAGAACGAUUUCAUUGACAGAGAAAUGUCAGCAGAUGGUUCUUUGAGCCCUUUUGGUAUUUUGACAACAGGAGUCAACGUUUCAUUUUUUGCUCAUUCAGUGCACCGCGUGUCAUUCAAGAAGACAUUUCUCCUCCUAAAAUGUAAUUCACACAGCUGAGAUGGGGGUUUUGGUUAUAAAUGUUUUUUGGGGAAGUAGCAUAAGGAUCGCAUCUCAUCUUGCUGCCAUUAAUGGUGAGCACACAGACAAGCCGCUUCCAUUUGUGGCUUCUGGUCAUACGCCCUCCAACUGCCCGUCCUUGUUGGAAGGGUUGCCAAAUCAGAUUCUGUGACCAUUGCCGAGGGAUGUGUCGAAGUCGAGUAUCCUUCGCCCGUAGGCUUUAAAGGGAAAUUACGAUUGUUAGAGCUUAAACACAAUUGCUCCCUGCCUUGCUCCGUUUUUACCAGCAUGAUGUAGGGGUUUAUGUUUUAUAUCGAGGAAUAGUGUGAGCUUGUGAUUGUCCCUGUAAACUGUGGAUGAUGUCGUUUUCCUUGGAUGGACCAAAUUUAAUAUGAUGGGAUAAUAAGUAAAUUAUUGCUAUUGCAUCAGUUUGUAUUUAUUGUACAUUGUCUAUCAACAGGUCGUCUCGGACAUUUCUGUAGCUGAAAGCAUAACAUGGACAGGAAUCAUGGUUAUGCACAGCCUUGCUUACGAUGAAGGUUAAUGCUGCACCAGCAGAUAUGUUGUGUUUUCUUGGGGGGUUCACUCAGGGCAUGUAAACAGAAUAAUACAUCUCUGUUAUAUAUCAAUAGAUUGAUGUUUAUGAUGACCUCAGAAAUACUUGAAUUUCAUGCAUGUAUUUGUCAUAUCAACUGAUGACUAUCAUCAGAGUGGUUUUGCACAGUUUGUAGUUUUCAAUGCAACAGAACAGUUUUUUAUUAGACUUAAUGGUAUUAGAUUUUUUUGUAGUGAUUGAUGUUAAACUUGAUGUUGUAGAUUUUCUACCAGUGCACGCUGUAUUACAAUAAUCCAACAUUAGAAUCCAAAGUGUGUAAUCUGUGGUGAUACAAGAUUGUUUAACAGUCUGAUAAUUGUAUCUGUUUUGUUCUUGAUUGUUUACAAUUCUUUACAUGUGCAUGGAAAUGUGAUCUUUUUGUUGGUUUUAGCAGUAUGUAGCAAGAGAUAUAAACUAUGUUUACAUGGACACCAAUGAUCACAUUAUUGACCUUAUUUCAAUUAUGUACAAAAUGCUGUGAAGACUCCAACAUAAUGUGACUAAGGUCAGAACACUGAGGUCAAGGAAAUCAGAAAACUCUUUUAAUUGACUGGGUCUUAAUCAAGUUAAUAUUCGAGAAUUAGUGUCCACGAAAACAUUGUUAUUGACAUGAAAACCCAGAAAACGUUGAAACAUUCUGAUCCUGUCAGUA